UAGGUCACGUCUAGCGCCUCAGCCCAAUUUUAUCACAGUAUUUCGUUUGUUUUAGUGUUUCGCUUUGCAAAAAGCAAUGCGUUUGAAAUUUCUCUGUCUCCUAUUUCUCUUGAAUGUUUCGUUGAGGGCAACUUUGGCCCAACAAGUUAAUGUGACAAAUGAAGUAAAUAAUGUUACAGAAACUACAACCGUGGUUCCGCAACAAACUUUCAAAGAAGCGGAGAAAGAAAUUACAGAUUUUAUUAAUUCCUUGUUAAGGUCGAUACUUCCGAAAGUGGUUAGUGGUUCUGGAUCUGCUUCAUUAUCGCCAAGAUGCACUGCAGGGAUGAUGAAAAUUUUCGGAAGCAUCCGACGACUCAAAGGAUGGACAUUAAAACUUCUAGACAGCAUGGGCAAACCGACUGCUGGAAUUUUAACAGGGACUUCUUAUUCCAUGGGCAGUUAUGAUGAAUGUAUUAACUUAGCUGUGACGAAAAAAGGAGAGGAAACUACGGAUCCUAAAGAAGAAAUGUUCCGAGGAAUGUAUUGCAAGAUAAGGGUGCGCUUUUCAGAUCCUGUAAUUGAAACUGCUAAGAGCUACCAGAAAGGAAUGGUCAAUGCUUCAGACCUUGGAAAGCUGAAAGAU